CCAACAUCCAGGUCUAUUGGUGGUUUGAUUCCGUCGCUUUGCUCUUCACAGGCCAAACUUACAGCUUGCAUUACUUCUUUGCGAUUGACAACACAUUAUUCUUGCUAUGGAAAUUACCUCCCUCUUGGAUAAUCAGUAUCCACUAUGGACAUUGCAGUACCUCUUUCGAGCAGCAAUUCGCAUGCCUUUACGCCAGUUAGACGGCGCGAAUCCACCAUUAAUACCAGAGUAUUCGAUGCGGAUCAGGAGCAGGAGUGGACAGCUGCACGUUGCCACCGACUCCUCCGAGCCUUGACCUCGAGAGUUGCCAUUCUCAAAAAGGAUAUUUUGUGGCUUCAGGACACAGCAAAAGAGAAUAUUCGGAAUGAAAGGGCAACCAUCCCACAGGAUUCGAGAAGUGCCGAUGCAGAAUGGACCAAAACGAAAAGAAGGAUCAGACAAACAUAUUCUAGCAGAGGAGGAAGAAGUGGGAGUAACCCACAAGCUACGAAACGAGGUCUUCGAAGUGCAGCACCAAAAAGAGAGAGGGGUUCAAUACUUCCUGGUGAAAUCACAAUACCAACGCCUAUACUUGCUCGAGCUAGGGGCAACAAACCUCCUGUGUUCCAAGCACCAUGGUCGGCACACGAUGAGCCACGUGCAGAAGUUGUCCGAGCAAACAAGCGUCCUAGAACACGGUACCCAGCCAAUGACGGAGAUGGCCAAUUCCACCAAUCCGAAACAUUACGAGAAUUGCGGCAGAAGAUUCCUGCAUCACGAUAUACGAUAUAUGAGGGCAUAUACAAUGGACUGGAAGCAUUGCUUCGCGCCACAACCAAGGAUGGAACAGCGGCAACCACAAAGCCAAAAGGAGCCAGGUCUUUGCUUUCAAUGACGCUCCAUGCUGUUCCGCGAUAUAUUACCCAACAAGAAGGAUUGAUAGAGGCACACAUGGAAGCAACUGGUAGCAGAAAAGCUCUUGACCAAAGAGAUAUCUCAACCGAGAUAUAUGACGAACUAGAGUCAUUUGGACCAUCCAGAUAUGGUUGGAAAUGUUUGAAGGACGUAGUUCGAUCCCACGGAAUUCAGGUCAUCCGUGAAUCUGUCCACUCGGGCUUAUUCGAAGAUUCUUUCUGUGGCGUCUUGAUUGCUCUUUGCGUUAACACAUUUGCUAUUGAAGAAGCACAAUCCAUUCUUUCAGCACUUGUAUCUUCGCGGGAAUACCCGAGUCCGAGGACUCUAUAUGAUACGCCUAGCCGACCAUUGAGAAUGCUGUCAAACUUCACCGACUUUACCAGCCUCGCCUCCUUCCAGUUCAGGGAACUGUCAAGUAUAAUGGCCAGCGGAUUAUUGCCGCUUGAAUGGCUCGCUACCAAAGAGUUUGGAUCUAUCUGGACUAAAGCCAUGCAGCGCAUCUCUCCUGGGCAAAUUGAUGAUGACGCCAUAGCGUUCCUGGAUAAUGCCCUAUCUCUACUCUCUUCUGCUGGGCCAAGUCCGUCGACAUCUGGAAGCAACGCAGUCACUGAAGCAGUUAAGAACACUUUUUCGAGUCUGCUUACUACUCUCUCGUCGAUUGUUAUCCUGAGCAAGGAGGCGCAGCGAAAGGACAACUACAAGAUCGCACAUCAAUCUACCCAAUAUGAUCACAUCACCGCAAUUCUGGGCGGGUGUUUGGUCGAAUGCGGAUCUGCUGAUAAGCAGAUAUUAUUGCUCCUGUCGAAUCUGAUCAUCCAGGGUGACAUUGUCAAACAGGAAGAUCAAAAUUGCUCUUUGGUCGAUUUACUCCUGGCUCGACUGCAACACAAGAGCAUCUCGGCAGCUUCACCUUCAUACUUUCAAGCUGUUAAUCUCAUUUGUCAGGUCGCUAGAUGUUGUGGCAGAGCAUCCACUAGCCCAGGGCUGGCGCAUCUCGAACAAAUACACCUUCUCAUGUUCGCAGCAGCUGCUGAGAAAGACGAAACUAGUAUUGUUCAGGGAUUGAUCGUCGACAGCGCCUUUGCCUUUGCCCAGAAAGUCCCGGAUCGCGAGCAUAUCGACUAUGCCGCCAUCGUGGACGAACGAUAUUCUGCUAGAAGACUCGACGUUGAAAUCGGCCUGCAUGAAACCACAGGUAAGGAUUGCGACGAGGACCUGAGUGGAUUCCGUUGGGAGGAAGGGAUUGGCGAGUGGGUAACUGCGACGCCUGCUGGCGUUGCUAAGACAAAGGCCGUUGCUGCCAAAGCUUUCUGCGGCUAUUCCGAGUUUGAUACCCCCUAUCGGCCUCCGCCAAAAUUGCGAAGAUUGGAAAGCCAGGUAGCAGCAGUUAUGUAUCGAAAUGCUUCGCCAUUCAGCAGUCCGAAUUUUGACGAUUCAGUACGAGUUCAGUCUUUGAGUUCUCGAAGCGGAUCAGUAGGCGCUGUAACGGACAUUGCAUCUGAGGAUGACAAGCCUGCCCACAACGACAUAACAAUAUUGACUAACAGUUAUGAUGAGCUUGACUCUGCUGUAUUCCUAGGAAAGGCUGACUCCGAAGAUGAGGCUGACUUAAGUGAGAUGGACGUUUCAGUCCCCGAUUAUUCACUUAUCUGGAAUGGUUCCACGACAUCAUUGGCAAGCAUGGCGUCUCCUGAGCGACGGCCAAUUGACAGAGGACCAAGGCUGAAGAGAAAGUUACUUCGCAACAGUCAUGAGUGGCAAAAUCUCGAAGACUCAUUCGUUUCUACCGCGACAGCCGCAUGUUCGAAUGAGGGUGGCGGAUCUACAGGAUAUCGUGAGCACGUUGAUCGAGCACCAAGGCUAGGGCGGAGGGCGCUUCGCCCGAGCCAAGCGUGGAAGUUGUUCGAAGACAGCGAUGAUGAGCUGAGUAUCCUCUCCGGAUCAUCUCGUAGCGAUCAAGCAUUGAGGGAUGCCACAAGCUCAGGAAAGUCUAAUGCUCGGCGUCCACGUCAGGUGACGGAAGCAAUCCCACCAAAGUCCAGUUCCCUGAGCAUCGCUCCUCUCAGCGACAGCGAAGAUGAGUUGUGCAUUUAAAUCCGCAGUGUUCCCUCAGCAUCAAAACAUACAACGCCUAAAGACGCGGACACAGGAUGCUUGACGUUGAAAUUGGAGUAUGGUCUUCGCGUACACACCAUCUACGGACCGAUAGGAUUAGGAGUCAAGUUCGAUCUGGUUGGGCCGGGUGAAAGAUGGGAUUGCAAGCCGACGUCAGCAUCCCUCGAAUAGCGAGACGAAUGUCUAACCGUCGACCGAAAGAUGUGAAGGGUGCCGAGAAACGUCUAUUCUUGCUUCCUCGUAAUUUUCUAUUGGUAGUUCAAGCACUUCUUUGCACAGCCCUGCCACGAUGUCUGCAUCACCACUGCACCCAUCCCUACUUGUCGCUUCGGGAUUGAUACGUGAAUAGAGCAACUCGAGCACAAUUCCCCGCCUGACGAAUGCGUGCAUGCAAAAGUCAUCUCAUGUUCUGCUUAAUUGAAAGACUUGGCGGGUUGGUCUCACGUGCUUUGAUAAAUCGGCUGAAGUUGCCGUCCGACCAAGUGAAACGACUCUGCUCUUAUCAUAUGUUUGUUCGGUUUCAACACGGCCAAUGGAGCUCAGUAACUUACAAGCCAAUCAAGCCAAUGAAACCAAUCAAUGAAGUUGUGACAUUUUUGCACCUGGUUUAAUCAACAGCCUGAUCAACACCCCAAUCUAUCUUCCACGACAGCUUCAACCCCUUAGGAAUGCUCACUCGGAGGAAGCACGCCGGACCUGAAAGAGCGAGAAAUCCGGUGUUCGAAGACCGGAGCACCUACUAACGAGACUACAAGGUGUUGUGAACUGUGUGCUGUGAGAAAUCUCUGUUGGUAUUUCCUCAUACUCGAUGUUUCUUGCGAAAUGAAACAAUAUUACGAAAAGUUAGAGAGCGGAUUGACCUCCUCACAAUUUCCCCUGCCUUGUUGCUCGCUGUCUCGGCGUGUCGAAGGGAUAGUAUUUUGUUUAUGAUCGUGCCGAACUGACAAUAAACAUGCUCCUUAAAUUCUCCCCACAUGCGUCACCACAGAUUAAUUAUUUGGCAGGCCUGCGAGAUUGGUUUGUGGAGAGGCUUUGAGAGAGGAAAGGAUUAGCGCUCGUUUGAUUCACAAGAGACUAGGCUAGGUUCAGCAAGGGGUUUCUCGGUGCUUGUGGACUCAAAUAGAUUGAUGUAUAUUUUAAAUCUGGGAUCGAGAUUGGCGUUUCGUGGGGAGUAGUUACCGG